AACAGGAAGUUUCAUUUUCUCUAUUAAACGCAAAACAUACAAUGUUCCGCCUCAAAUCUGAACUUCUAGUCGGGUCUGUAGAUAAACUAUGAGUCUCAGAAAGAUUCUUGUCAUUACCGGAGGUGCAGUUGUAGGAAGUGUGGGUGCAGUUGCCCUAACUCCAGUGGCCUUGGGAGCCAUCGGUUUCACCUCUGCUGGGAUAGCAGCGGGCUCCUUCGCUGCGAGCAUGAUGUCUGUUGCUGCCAUUAGCAACGGAGGAGGGGUGGCAGCAGGAGGCCUGGUGGCAGUUUUACAAUCUGCAGGUGCUGCUGGUCUUUCGGGUGCAGCCUCUGCUGUUGUGGCCAGUGUUGGAGCUGGUGUUGGAGCUGCUGUAGGGCGACUGGCAGGAAAAACACACAAAGAAAAGGAGGAGUAGAGAAAAAAGGAUCAAAUGAAAGAAGAAGAAAAAGACAAAAAUGAAAAAUAGGAAGAAUUUGAAUUAAUAUAACAUUAAUUAUUUUUGUUUACUUGUCUGGUUGUUUUGUAUCAUCGUCUCAGUAUCAAUGGUCUGUUUUCAUAUUUUUAAUUGACGGGUUAUAUAUAGAGAUGAAAUGACAUUGCAUCACUGUCUAACUGGUCACAUAUAACACAUAUAAUUAACUACUUUUAGCUCUUUUGCAUUGACAUGUCUGCUUUUUCUCUGCAUACUGGAUUGGUUGGACCUUCACUGGCUCUUUUAAAUCAUUUCAACAAGAAGUGAGCCACAAAAAAAUAAUUGUAUGUUUAUGAAGCAUCUGCAGCACAAUAGGAAUAAAUACUUUUUAUCAGGUUCA